CAGACCUCCACCGGGGGGAAAAACAUUUACCCCUGUGCUCCUCACACUCUGGGUCCCCUCGGUCGCCAGAGAACAGGAAGAAAAUCCCUGCAAGAGCAAAGGGUGAACCCGAGACUGCCACCCGAUCUGCCGGCACCUCUGUGGGGAGCCUCAAGACUCUCCUUCCUGCGGGGACUCCAGACCAGACAAACAGGUUGCUCUGCAAGUGGAGAGGCAGCAUCUACAAACUGCUGUACAGGGAAUUCCUUGUUUUUGCUGGUUUUUACACAGCAAUAAGUCUGGUGUACAGAUUGUUACUUACAGGAGCCCAAAAACGUUACUUUGAAAAAUUAUCAAUUUACUGUGACAGAUAUGCUGAGCAAAUUCCAGUAACCUUUGUGCUUGGCUUUUAUGUCACUCUGGUAGUAAACCGGUGGUGGAACCAGUUUGUGAACCUGCCCUGGCCCGACAGGCUGAUGCUCCUCAUCUCCAGCAGCGUCCACGGGAGGGACGAGCACGGGCGUCUGCUCAGGAGGACGCUGAUGCGCUAUGUCAACCUCACAUCCCUGCUCAUCUUCCGCUCCGUGAGCACGGCUGUGUACAAACGGUUCCCGACAAUGGACCACGUGGUUGAAGCAGGUUUUAUGACAGCAGACGAAAGAAAAUUAUUCGACCAUCUCAAAUCUCCUCAUCUGAAAUACUGGGUUCCAUUCAUCUGGUUUGGAAAUCUUGCAGCUAAAGCCCGGAAGGAAGGCAGAAUCAGAGACAGUGUUGAUCUGCAGUCACUGAUGACGGAAAUGAACCGCUAUCGCUCCUGGUGCAGCCUCUUAUUCGGCUAUGACUGGGUCGGGAUCCCGCUGGUCUACACCCAGGUUGUCACUCUGGCCGUCUACACCUUCUUCUUUGCGUGCCUGAUUGGACGCCAGUUUCUGGACCCCACCAAAGGCUACGCGGGGCAUGACUUAGAUCUGUACGUUCCGGUCUUCACGCUCCUCCAGUUCUUCUUCUACGCAGGGUGGCUCAAGGUGGCUGAGCAGCUCAUCAACCCUUUUGGAGAAGAUGACGAUGAUUUUGAAACUAACUGGUGCAUUGACAGAAAUCUGCAGGUCUCUCUUCUGGCUGUGGACGAAAUGCACAUGAGCUUACCCAAGAUGAAGAGGGACAUUUACUGGGACGACUCUGCCGCUCGCCCACCUUACACACUGGCGGCUGCCGACUACUGCAUACCCUCGUUUCUGGGGUCCACAGUCCAAAUGGGGCUGUCGGGGUCUGCCAUUCCCAGUGAGGAGUGGCUCUGGGACUACGAGAAGCCGGGCCACCGCCGCUCAGUCAUCAGGAGAGUCAAGAGGUUCCUGAGUACCCACGAGCACCCCUCCAGUCCCCGGAGGACGCGCUACGGGAGGCAGGCCAGCGACAGCUCCAUGUUCCUCCCCCCCAGCGACCUCAGCCCAACCCGGGACCUGCUGGACAUGCCCUCCAGAAGCCGCCACCGCAGCCCAGCCACCCGGAAGCAAUCCUGCUCCCCAGAGGGGAGCCCCAAGCUGCGCUGCAGCCUGGGGGAACUGCCCACCAUCGGGGAGACCAGCGGGACUAGCACCGCACAGAGCCUGACCCCGCAGUCCACGGUGAGGCCCUCCCCCACCAAGAUGCCCCCGGUCCCUGAGGUCCUGGUCGCCGUGCCAGGGCCCAUGGCCGAGGACCACCACCACGACUCCACCACCUCCAUCCGGAGCUCUGACUUCACGGGGGUUCAGCCAAGCGGGCCAGGGCAGCAGGAGGACCCUGUGGGACAGUCCCUGUCCUCCUCAGAGAAGGGGACGCCUCCUGGAGACCCCAGUCCCCAGGCUGUUUCACCCAGAGCUGAGAGAAACAUCCCCGAGUUUGCCUCUGAGGAAGCUGCUGGCGAGAAGGAGCAGCUCCUGAAGAGGUGGAGCCUGCCGGAGAGCCUGCAGCCGGAGCCCAUGGGCCCUGAGCUGGCUCUUUUAAUAGACACAGAGACGUCCUCAGAGACCAGUGGCAUCAACGUGGUGGCUGGCCCCCAGGUGUCCCCUGAUGUGCUGUAUUUAGUGGAAAACCUGGACACCAAGGAAACAGAUAUCAUAGAAUUUAACGACGAGCCGACAGAGGGCUCACCCAAAGGAAUGCCAGAAAGUUCCAGGACCUGGUUCUAGCCUGGCUCCUUACUUCCCAAAGUUUAGCAUUAGUUCCGGACGUACCUGAGGGCUGGCCAAUUUCUAAGAGACUGUCACACUGUAUAAGCUACCGAAGACUCUGAAGGGCAUUAUGAUCCUGACUUUUUGAGAACUGGGAAAACCAAGCGCAUUCAUGCCAUCCCUCACCAUGUGGCUUUCAGGGAAAUUACGCGGACCACAUGGGCGCAUCCUAACCAAAUAAGGGGUCUUAACAAUACGCGUAAAUGACUUAUAAGUUCACAGGCUGUCGGCCUUGGAGAGGGCCAGUAGAUCACGGUCCAACCCCCCGGUUUUGCCUCUAGGGAGACAAAGGAUUCCCUACUUCGAGCACUUGUUUUCUUCCUUUCUUCACUUAUAAAGACAGGGCAAUGGAUCGCAUAACACCUCAAACGCCGCUCCUUCAUUACGCUUCUUCUUUGAGGCUUUCUGACCAUUUCACUCCCACUUUCUAAACGAUCAUCACUUCCUAAUUCCUGAGCCUGCUCAGCGUCUGAAAGCUUCAUCCCUCUCAGUCUCCUUUCCGACUUCCAGGCCUUCUCGUCCCUCUGCCCCUUAUUCCCUCACCCUCUGUUCGCCCUGGUCUCUGGUGACGCUGACCUGUCCCACCUCUGAGUGAUAAUAUUCUCUCUUGGCAGAUCUACUGCUCACUUCUGGCCGUGGUUUUCAUGGUAGGAGGCAUGGGAAAGCCUCCAACAGAACAAUCAAGGAUGUUGACAGACCCGCCUGACACCUUCCAGCCACUCUGUGGGAGAAUGCGGGAGG